AUCUAGGGUUUCAUUUCAUAGUUCCCAAAACCCAACCAAACGAAACACUGAUUCCUGAACUAACCUAACACCAUUUCUACUUCUUCUUCCUUCAUUUCACUCACUCACUCACUCUCGCCAUUUCAUCUUCUAGACUCUUCCACACCACCAAAUCUUUUUGGUGUAGAAUUCCUUCAUCUUCUCAUACGGGUUUAGGUUUAGUAAUCUUGUGUUGAAGUUGGAAAAAUCAACAUGGGCAAAUCAGGGGGUAGGAAGAAGAAGGGUGUUUCCGUUGCUCCUGUUGAUAGUUCAGGUUCAGCUCCAACUGCAAACGGUGGAGUAGAGUUGGAUUCCUCAAUUUUUUUGAAGAAAGCUCAUGAGCUGAAAGAGGAAGGGAACAAGAGAUAUGAGAACAAGGACUAUGCUGCUGCUCUUGAACAGUAUGAUAAUGCUCUUAGACUAAUCCCCAAAACGCAUCCUGACAGAGCGGUUUUUCACAGCAAUAAGGCCGCGUGUUUGAUGCAAGUGAAGCCUAUUGAUUAUGAAGCUGUGAUUGCUGAGUGCACCAUGGCGCUUCAGGUUCAGCCGCGGUUUGUUCGGGCCCUGCUACGGAGGGCUCGGGCGUUUGAGGCUGUCGGCAGCUAUGAACAGGCUGUGCAAGAUGUGCAGUUGUUGUUGGUAGCUGACCCUAAUCACAGGGAUGCGCUGGAGAUUGCACAAAGAUUGAGGACUGCAUUGGGGCCUCGCCUGGAAGCCCAGCAGGAUCUCCACAGCCGCCCCUCCCCGGCUGCUCUCGGUGCUUCUGCGGUUCGUGGUGCCCCUAUUGCUGGAUUGGGGCCGUGUUUGCCGGCCCGACCGGGACCUAAGAAGGGGGCUAAUGCAGCAGUUGGGUCUGUUGUCUCGCCUAAUAGCAAGAUAGACAAGGCACAACCAGUUUUACCAACUGAGAAUGGUCCUGAGAGCAAGUCCCAGAUGCCGAAAGUUGCGUUGAAGCCUUUAACUGGUUCUGCAAAGCUGCCCAACUCGAAAGUUGAAAACCAGAAGGAACUUUCGAUUCAUUCAUCAACUGUGCAGGGGCAGCGCUCAGAGGUCAUGGUUCGGUUUAGACCGCUGAAGCUUGUUUAUGAUCAUGACAUUAGGCUAGCCCAGAUGCCUGUCAACUGCAGUUUUAGAGUACUAAGAGACAUAGUCAGCAAAAGAUUUCCUUCAUCAAAUUCUGUUCUGAUCAAGUACAAAGAUUGUGAUGGUGAUUUGGUUACUAUAACGUCUACUGAUGAACUCCGGUUGGCAGAGUCUACUGUUGAUAGCCAUCUCCUAAAAGAACCUGAGGCUGAUAAAAGUGAUUCUGUUUCUAUGCUGAGAUUAAGUAUUGUUGAAGUUAGUCCGGAGCAGGAGCCACCUUUAUUGGAAGAAGAGGAAGAAAAACCUGUUGAGAGCGAAGGGGUCAAGGGAGAUGAGAGCGGAUCUCAUUCUUCCCUCUGUGAAUCUGUCUCUGAAGUUCAGGAAGCCGAGGUUGAUAAGAAAGAGAAGGAUGCUCCAAAGGAAAAGGCAGGAGCUACUGGUGAUGCUGAAUCCAAAGAAGUGGAGAUGGAUGAUUGGUUGUUUGAGUUUGCUCAGCUAUUCCGCUCACAUGUUGGUAUUGAUCCGGAUGCUCACAUUGAUUUGCAUGAGCUUGGGAUGGAGCUUUGUUCUGAGGCACUUGAGGAAACAGUAACUAGUGAGGAGGCUCAAGAUCUAUUUGACAAGGCAGCUUCAAAGUUCCAGGAGGUGGCCGCUUUGGCAUAUUUCAACUGGGGAAAUGUUCACAUGUGCGCUGCUAGGAAGCGGAUCCCCCUAGAUGAGUCUGCUGGGAAAGAGGUAGUGGCCGAACAGCUUCAAGUGGCAUAUGACUGGGUCAAGGAAAAAUAUUCUUUGGCAAGAGAGAAGUAUGAGGAAGCACUCUUGAUCAAACCAGACUUCUAUGAGGGACUGUUGGCUCUUGGGCAGCAACAAUUUGAAAUGGCUAAACUUCACUGGUCUUUUGCACUUGCUAAGAAGAUAGAUUUAUCAGGCUGGGAUUCUACAGAGACCCUUCAACUUUUUGACAGUGCAGAGGAGAAGAUGAAAGCUGCAACAGAGAUGUGGGAGAAGCUAGAGGAACAGAGAGCAAAAGAGCUAAAGGACCCAAAUGCAACUAAGAAAGAAGAACUGUUGAGAAGAAGAAAGAAACAGGGCAAUGCUACAGAAGGUGAAUCCUCCAAUGUUGGUGGACAGGGUGAUGUAUCUGCAGAAGAAGCUGCUGAACAAGCAGUUGUCAUGAGAUCACAGAUUCAUCUCUUCUGGGGUAAUAUGCUUUUUGAAAGAUCCCAAGUUGAAUGCAAAUUAGGAAUGAGUGGUUGGGAGAAAAACCUGGAUGCUGCAACCAUACGCUUUAAGCUCGCCGGAGCUUCCGAGACAGAUAUUUCAAUGGUUCUAAAGAAUCAUUGCUCAAAUGGAGAUGCAAAAGAUGGAGAUGACAAAAAGGCCCAGAAUCUACAACUCAACAAGGCUAAUCAAGUAUGAGACAAAUGACUUGGCUUUGAAAUCUCUUUUAUUCCUGUUCAGUUGCGUCGUCUCGUCAAUGAAGAUCCUGGAUGAGGAAUAUCAUUGUGGUUGAGAGCUCAAAAGGGAUGUCUGAAUUUUUUGAAACAGAAAUCGAAAACUUAGGGUGAUUUAACUAGAUAGCCCUUUCCUUUUCCUUUUUUCUGAAGUUCUGAGUGAUCUGAUGAAGGAAGAUUAUUUUUGAACAUUAUUUACAUAGUUACAAAUUUCCUGUGAUCAAUUUCAAUUGCUAAAGAUUGGUCAUUUUUGUACCCUGCUUUGUUGUAGUGCUGUUGCUAUUUGUUGAGGAUUGCUUCCUAGUUCAAGUCUUGAUGUUUGUUCUAUUAGGUAUUACAAAGAUGCUGCAUAUGCUGCUAAUCUAAUAACAUGAAGUUGUGUAGUUGUUAUGCA